UGAAGAAGACAAUUGAUAAUUUUUAUGGAUCCAAGAUGAUUCGUCAUAUGUUCAAUGAAGGAAUCCCAGUUUCUAUGAUUAACAAGAAAGGAUUGAGUACAUUUUGAUAAGUGUUUGAACAAAUUUGGGCACGUGUCCUGACCUCCUACUGGCACGUGUCGCUAUUUAGAAGUAUUUCCUAACACGCGCCGAGGUCACGUGUCAUACUGAUGAUAUCAGUGAAUCCUCAGAACGUGAUCGAGAAUAUUUGUAUAAGAAUUUUUAGGAAAUUCCAACGAAAAUCUGUCUAAUCCUAAUAUAAUUCAAUGGAUAUUAAGUAUCUUUUGUAUUGAAUUAAAAAAAUUGGUUUCUCAGUGUAUAGAGAGGGAUACAGUGUUGCACAAAAAAUAUUGUAUUUCCAGUGAUCUCAAGAAGGAAAGUGUUUCAUUAAUAUAUACCAAAAUAUAUAUCAUUAAUAGAUACCAAGAGAAGUUUUUACUUUUUGAAAGAUUCUUAUGCAAAAAUUAUUGGGGGAUCAAGUCUUCUAGGCUGUUUUUCUUGGAAGUCGAUGUCUUUUAAUGUGUUCAUCUUUUACAUCUGAAAAAUAAAUUUAAUUAAUCAACAAUCUUUUAAAGAUGAUGUGAGAGUGUCUUAAUUUAUACCCAAUUGAUCAACAAUUCUAGUCAUUAUUACCAAAGAAUUUAUAAAUAUUAAAGAUACGUGUACCAGAGAAUUUUAUGAUAUAAAAAAAAGCUUCUUCAAGAUGUAUUCCAUGGACAAUCUCGAAUUAGAUAUGAUGAAUCGACAGUACAUGUACGAGGCUCAUGGCUUUCUUGGGAAUCCAGCGAUUCCAGCUUUGCCGCCGCAUUGCGGAGCACCUACCACAGCUACGCUACCUUCUAUUCCCUCGCAAUUAGCUGCACAUCCUGCUGGAAGUACUGGAAGUACCAGCGGUAGUGAAAUUUAUUUGUAUGACGAAAAUAGUAGCGAUAAUGAAAGUGCUUACAGUAGUGAUCAGGAGAAUCACACCAGAGAAACAAUAAUAAUUUCUAGACGAAGUCAAAACAAUAGAAGAAAUGGGGCGUCGGGGAAAAGUCCGAGACAAGCAGUACAACAAAGACAGGCCGCCAAUAUGAGAGAGAGGAGACGUAUGCAGAAUAUAAAUGACGCCUUUGAGGGUCUUAGGGCCCACAUACCUACUCUUCCUUAUGAAAAGAGACUCUCUAAAGUAGAUACAUUAAAAUUAGCAAUUGGUUACAUUAAGUUUCUUAACGAAUUGGUUAGAGCUGAUAAGGGUAACGAUCCUCUGACGGGAAAUGGUGGUCUCUCAAGAUGUUCUGGACGAGAUGAUUCUAAGAAAGUCAUAGUUCGUGGCAGUGAAGGAAAUCCUUUCAUUUUUCAUUCCUUGUCAUGGUCCAGGAAGUCGGAUAUCUCCCAGAAUGGGACGAUGUAUGCAAAAGUAUGGACUCCGGAGGAUCCAAGAACAUCAAAAAAUGGCUCGACAUUCGAAUAAAAUUUUCAUCUCUUAGUUAAGUCACGUCGAGCCUUGUGUUAUUUAGUAUUUAAGGACAAACAUUCCUAGUCAUUAUUUUACUUUUUUUUGAUGCUAAAUCAUUAUUAACAAUCAAUAGAACA